AUGCGGCCCGAUGACAUUAACCCGAGGACUGGGCUGGUGGUGGCCCUGGUCAGUGUCUUCCUGGUCUUUGGCUUCAUGUUCACCGUCUCUGGGAUGAAAGGGGAGACUCUGGGCAACAUCCCCCUCCUGGCCAUCGGGCCAGCCAUCUGCCUACCGGGCAUCGCAGCCAUUGCCCUGGCCAGGAAAACCGAGGGGUGUACCAAGUGGCCCGAGAAUGAGCUGCUCUGGGUCCGCAAACUGCCCUGCUUCCGGAAACCCAAGGACAAGGAGGUGGUGGAACUGCUGAGGACCCCUUCGGAACUGGAGUCAGGCAAGGGGAGCUCAGAUGAGCUGGCUAAAAAGGCGGGCCUCAGGGGGAAGCCUCCCCCACAGGGGCAGGACGAGGUGGCGACCGCCAGCUCCAUCACGACCCCCACACCCACGGGGGAAGGAAAAUGCCAGAGCCUAGUCCAGAGCGCGCAUCAGGAGACAUCCAGAUACCUGGACGGCUACUGUCCUUCUGCCAGUUCCCUCGCCUGCAGUGCCUUGGACGCCAAGUGCUCAGCCUGGGACAGGUCCGACCGCCCUGAGCCCGAGGACAGCAUCUUCUUUGUGCCCCAGGACAGUAUCAUCGUUUGCUCCUACAAGCAGAACAGCCCCUAUGACAGAUACUGUUGUUACAUCAAUCAGAGCCAAGGCAGGUGGGACCAUGAGACUAUAGUCUAA